GAAACACCCUGUAUACGAGCAAUUUAAUUACAUACAUGAAUAAGUGAACAUAGAUGACAACAUAUGAAUAAGUAGAUGAUUUUAUUAAAUCCGGACGCAAAUUAAACUUUUUACGUAUUUUUACUUAUCAUCGUUUAAAUAAUUAUUUGAACGAUAAUACGUCAAUCGCAGGUAUUGAAAAACACGGGAGGAAUGUGGAUAUUAAAACUUUUAAAUAAAUCGCACCUUAAGUACUUAAUAAAGCGCUCAAUAAUUCAAGAAUUAUUAAAUAUUGCACAAGUUAUCAGACAUAUCGCAAAAUGUUCGAAGAGAAGUGCUUAUCCGUGGCAUGUAUCGAUCGCCGACGAUUUCCUUGUUUGCUUUCCACUUACUUUUAGCUCGUCGCUACACGUGCUAAUCAAACAAUUUUUAGCAGACGAUCUCCGUAAUCUCGGCGAAGCGAAAGGUUGCGAGUCCAAUUUGCAACGUGCGGAUUAUACAAAUGACAAGCGCAGCUAUAUGUUUUCCGACGGCAAUGCCGCAAUUGUCUCGCCAUUUCAUUUUACGACACACACAAUUCCGCGAAGCGUUUCCGAUUGUUCGCUUUCAACAGUAAAAAUCAGAUGUUAUCCUUUAUGUCGAGCAUACGUCGCCUCGCGGCGAUUUUCCAGAAUAAAGCUGAAUGCACGAGAGGCACUGCAUGCCGCUGCAGCAACGAGACAAACAUGUUGCAGUUUCUUCGCUACGUGCUCGUUCCAUCCGCCGUUCUCGUUCAGAUACGCGCCACAAAUGAUUACGGGAAAUUAUUCCUUCGAGACGACAUCAUGGAUUACGCGGAGAAGGUCUUCUCUUGCGUGAACUUUACGGCGGUGCGUCUUUUCAACGACGGGAAUCGCAUCGGCGUGAUGUGCCACAAGUGCGGCCGCUUGGAGAACGAGAUCAUUCGACUAUUCAUGAAGAAUCAAGCAAUCGCCGUCAGCAACCGGCCGUUUUUUCCCAUUCGAAAGAAAGGACGACGCGUCAUCAGCUACGUCGUAUUCGCAGACGAGACCUUCGCGGAUUCGCGACGCGAGUUGCUAAAGAAGGGCAUGAACUUGCACACUGAGCAGUAUCUGUUCGUGAGUGCGACCAAGGAGGAAGCUGCGACCGUUUUUGCUGGUGAUCUAUGGCGCGAAGGUUUCCGCAACAUAGCGUUCCUGAUAUUGAACACGAGCAUGGUCCAUGGAACUGUCCAAGUACCCGUGACAACAGAGCAAACCGUUACCCUGAGAUCCGUCGGCUAUUGUAUUCCAUCCGAGGACAAUCUAGACGGAAUCGUACCGUACAACUCCGAUUUCUAUCGAUUCUGCUCGACAAAACCGUGCACGUUACGUUACGGCUCUGUAGUCGAUGAUACGGUACAGUUCUGGCGUCAAGAAGAUCGGUUGAAAAUGACAGGUGAGGCGAAGAAGAAUUCCCCUGUCUCUUCGAUCUUAUUCGAAGAAACAUUCCUAAAGCACGUGUAUUGCAUUUUAGAAACGGAGGAUUAUCAGCCGAUGGGAGAUAUGCUGAUCGACCGGUUUACUUCUUUCUACGGCAUUGAACGACACAACAUGGACAGUAAUCUGAGCUGGCCAGAGGCCGCGGAUAAGUUAAUCAAGGGUGAGCUCGAUAUGGUGAUCGGCCUGGUGCCGGAGAACAUAGAAAUACUGCAAGGUUUGCAGGUCGUUUGCUGGUAUAGAGCUCGAACGCUGAUGUUCGCCAUCCAGGUGCGCCGUCGGGUACGCGACUACCCGGUGUUGCAACUCUUGACGCCGUUUCAGUACUCGGUCUGGAUUUGCACGGUCGUCACGCUGAUCGCGUACACUUUGCUGCUGUACGCACUUAGGAAACUGGCCGACAAGGGACUGAUCAAGGAGCGAUUGGACUUCAUGCAAGUCUACGAAAUUAUGUUAGGGCAGAGCAUCACGUAUCCGCAGAGAACGUCGCUGCGCACUGUAACGGCACUCUGGAUGAUCUUCUCGUUUAAUUUAAAUAUCAUUUACAACUGCACCUUCACGAGUUCCUUGGCACAUAUGGAUACGGAGGAUUUAAUGGAGAAUUUGAAGAAGGCCCGGGAUGCCGGUAUACCCAUUGUCGGCCCUCCUAUCGUGCAGAGUUUCCUGAAUGACUCCGAUGACCCAGUCAUCGCUGAUUUGCGCGAUAGAUAUUCUCUCUUUCAUAACAGAUACACGGUUAUGAAACGGGCAGACGAAGCGUUUGAGGAGAUAUUGUCAAAGGAUGAUAUACUGGGAGUGGUUCAACCGAUUACUGUCGACAGGAUGAACUGGGUAACCAGAAUGGAUCGAAAACUACGUAUAUACAUGCUUCCGGAGCCUGUGCUGUCAUACCCGGUCUUAUUUUACACGAGAGCCGAACAUCACUACCGCAUGCCCUUUGAGCGCAUCGUUACGGAAUAUCGUCAAUCAGGAUUGCUUUAUAAGUGGGUCAAGUAUUACGUGAUCGACGAGGAUAAGCAAAUCGCUACCUCUCGCGAGAACGCACAAGAUGACACCGCCAAUAUAUUAACCAUGGAACAUCUCGGACCCGUUUUCCAAUUCUUUUUUAUGUGUCACGCAAUCAGCGUCUUGCUCUUUUUGGUGGAACUAGUCAAGAUUCAUUUUCUCAAGAUAUAGCUACGGGGAGUUUGACGUGAUCCCAUUUUUGCUAUAAUAAAUUUUGUAUGAACCAUCAGAUACGCUCUUUUGGCUUUGCGGUUAAGCGCCGUCUUUUAAAGGUCGAGACGACAUGGUGGCGAUAUUCACGCCUGAGUCAUUUCAUGUAGUCAUGAGGUCUCAUCUGAGUUGAGAGAGAUAUACGUUAUACAGGGUG